UUGUCAGACGGACUGCUAAAUAUGUUGCACCAGCGAAGUGUCAUGCUUUCGUGUUUGACUUGCUAAAAUUGGGACUUUUCACAGGAUCGGAAGAUUGUCACAAACUGUUCUGUGAUUUCAGUCGUGGGGCCAUGGACACGACCGCAGAAACCGCACGAACUCCAGAAACCACUGCUGCUAAUGGGAUUGAAAAAGGCUGUGCCGCGAUAAAAAUCCAAUACCUCACAACCAAAGAGAAGUUUCAUGAGCGUGUGGAUUCAGGGUGGAAAGGUGUCAAAGGCAAAGAGGACAAUGGAGCCACAGGCCAAGUGGAGGAGAAGACAGGAGAGCCAGAGGAGAAGAAGACAGGAGAGCCAGAGGAGAAGAAGAUAAAGCUGGAUAAUGGUGCGCAACAAGAGGAAGAUAAACACAACAAAAAGAGGUUCCGGGGUCAAAAUAAGUCCAGGCCUCACAAAAAACCUCAAAGUUAUGAUGACCGAAGACUCUGCCCCUCCAUCAUACAGGAACGAGAAGCAAAAUGUUUCUAUGGUGACAAAUGCAAGUUCUUCCAUAACAUUGCUGAUUAUAUGGCCUCCAAGCCAGCUGACCUGGGAGAGAAAUGCUACCUCUAUGACACCUUUGGCAAAUGUCAUUAUGGUGUGACCUGUCGGUUUGCCAAAGCCCACACCGGACCUGACUUCAAGAACCUUGUGAACGAGGAAGUGUUCAGGACGUGCAAAGAAAAGACAGUCAAGAACAGUUUGGACAAAGACCUGCAGUGGCGUCUACGUAAGAGGCAGGUGCCUUUCGAUGCGACUGAGGCCUACCUGAAGACCAUCAUCAAAGGCAAACCCCAGGGCAAUAACAAGAGUGCCGACACUGUGGAGAAGGACAGCUGCUGCUCGGACGAUGCCCAGAAUCAGCUCACAGAAGCAGACAGUGCUGCAAAUGUGAAAGACACAGAGGAUGGUCAGGAUCAGGAGGUUGCUGUCAAAAGUGUUGGAGCGUUGACUGAUGUCGACCUUGUAAAGCUGCGUCCUUGUGAGAAGAAGCAGGUGGAUUUCAGAGAUAAGUUGUAUCUAGCUCCCUUAACAACAUGUGGCAAUCUCCCUUUCCGGCGUGUCUGCAAGCGGUUCGGUGCUGACAUCACGUGUGGGGAGAUGGCCAUGUGCACUAAUCUGCUCCAGGGCCAGUCCUCCGAGUGGGCCCUCCUGAAAAGGCACGAGAGUGAGGACCUCUUUGGAGUGCAGCUGGAGGGCUGCUUCCCAGACACCAUGACCAGGUGUGCUGAGCUGCUCAAUAACAACAUCGACGUGGACUUUGUGGACAUCAACUCUGGUUGUCCCAUUGAUCUUGUAUUCAAAAAGGGUGGUGGCUGUGGUCUGAUGAUGAGGACCAACAAAUUUGAGCAGAUUAUUAGGGGAAUGAAUUCAGUUCUGGAUGUCCCACUUACGGUCAAGAUUCGCACAGGCGUUCAAGAAAAGACCAACACAGCACACAAACUCAUCCCAGAGCUCAAAAAGUGGGGUGUAUCACUAAUAACGUUACAUGGUAGGUCCCGUGAACAGCGCUACACUAAGCUAGCAGACUGGGAUUACAUUGACACUUGCUCGAAGCUGGCUAGUCCCAUUCCACUCUUUGGUAAUGGAGACAUUCUGUCCUGGGAGGAUGCAAUGAAAGCCAGAGAAACUGGAGUGUCAGGGAUAAUGCUGGCAAGGGGUGCUCUGAUAAAGCCCUGGCUCUUCACUGAGAUCAAAGAGAAGAGGCACUGGGACAUCUCCUCCAGCGAACGCCUGGACGUCCUGCGGGAUUUCACAAACUUUGGCAUGGAGCACUGGGGAAGUGACACCCAGGGUGUGGAAAAGACCAGAACGUUCCUGCUGGAAUGGCUCUCCUUCAUGUGCAGGUACAUUCCUGUGGGAUUGUUGGAGAGAGUGCCUCAAAAGAUUAAUGAGCGACCACCUUUCUAUAUGGGCAGAGACUACCUGGAGUGUCUCAUGGCCAGUCAAUAUGUGGAUGACUGGGUAAAAAUCAGUGAGAUGUUGCUGGGACCUGUGCCGAAGAACUUCAGUUUCCUUCCCAAACACAAAGCCAAUGCUUAUAAGUAAAUGACUGCUGAACUUCUACAGUGGUUCAGGUAGUUGGUUUUAAACAGGUAUUCUGACUAUGAUUUGUGUGGCUGUUGAUUAAAUUGACAUAGAAUUUCAUUACAGUUGAUGUUUCCUAUCAGAGAGUGUCUUAUUAUAAUUGUAAAGGUUUGCAAGUGGAUGUGGAGAUUGUACAGCUGCUCAACAACAACAACAACAAUGGCAAUAUUGGAGUCUUAAUACCGGUAUAUAUUUUUUGUUUGAUUUCCCUAAAGGCUGUUUCUUUUCUUGUUUAUUUACUGUUUAUUUCGCUCAGGUGAUAUGACUUACUUCAGGACUUCUUGUUAAUUGAUGUUGAUAUGGCUUUAUUUGUUUGACAAGAAGUCUGGCCAUAUUCUCAUUCUGCAACCUUCCUUUCAUUAGUGUGUAUAUGAAUGAAAGCCUUUGGUGAGAGACUAGAUAAUAAAGAUGACCUUUCUCCUUUUUAUAUUAUAAAGAAGUCACUCACUCACCUCUACCAGUUAAGAUCAAAUCUCAGAGAAAGGUUGUAUAAUAUUUCCAUUAUGCAAAUGCUACAUAUGUUUCUGUUUCUUUUCUGUGCAGCAGUUGACAAUACUUUGAAUAAAUAAUGCUUUAGAAC